AUGCCUCCAAGGAAAGCAAGUGGGUCGCGUCAACGGGCGACAGCAAACGCGUUGCCCAUCCCAGCUCAAUAUCCAGGAUUGAUAGAUGGCAAGGGGAUGAACGAGACACAAUGGCAAGCGUGUAAGGAGAUAUUGGAGAACGUAUACAAGGCCAAGGAUGGAAGCCGGAGGAUGAGUGAUAUCUUUCGCGACUUACCCGACAAAGAAGAAUACGAGGAUUACUAUCAAGCUAUCCCAGAACCAGAAUGUUUAGAUAACAUAUCAACCCACCUUGGAUCGCAAACCUACGCAAAUCCAGAGGCUUUCUUCAAACAGCUACAUUUGGUCUUCCUGAAUGCCAAACAUUAUAACGAGGAGGAAUCCUUGUUAUACGCUGAUGCUAAACAACUAGAGGACCAGAUACAUGACGAAUGGAAGGCUCGAGCCGAAGCAGGAAUAUUCACCAAUCCGGACCCAUAUCACAGUAGUCCGGUGAAACCAGGUCGAAAAAAAAGAGGAGGCUCUUCUAUACCCUCUAAAUCAGCUACACCAUUACCUGAAACCAAGUCUACCCCAAUGACCGAGCCUAAACCAGUCACCCCCGCUCCUGAUCUCCCACCAAUCCCAGAAGUCAAGACCGCUGCACCUUCACCCACUCCCGUUCCGGCUCCGGCUCAGGUACCACCCCCUACGAACCCAACGAACACACCAAUUCGAACUCCCCUUCCCCGUAAUCUCUCUCAGCCCCCACCCGCACCUGCAUCACCUACACCUUCAGAAACCGGUCGUCAGUCUCAAGCUGAAAAAGAUAGACAUGUCGUAGCUGCUCUUGAUGCUCGUCUACCAAGAUGGCCAGGCCCUCAGGCUAUCCUUCCUGGGGAUCCCACCGUUGGAGGGAUACAAGGUUAUGGAUGGUUUGGGGAAGGUGCUCCGGAUUACGAUAGAAGUACGGGUGGCCCGGCAAUGUGGCCUCAUCGUAUACGUGCUGUCAUAGAAGCGAUCAUCGGGUACAGGGAUCAGAAUGGUCAACGACUUGGCGAAGUGCUCGAUUACCUUCCUGCUAUCGCUGAUAUUCCUUAUCUGUCAUUUGACACUCCGAUAUCGUUCGCUGCCAUUCAAGGCAUGGCAAAAGCCAACCGAUAUGAUACCCUUAGAUCGUUCGAUAUGGAUAUGACAAAACUAUUCGAAAAGGCCAGACGGUACUAUCAUGAUGGUUCGGUAGAAUACGGCAAAGUCCUUGUUCUUCAGCGGUUAUACAACGCCCUUACGGCUGUGUACCCUAUGCCAUUGCCCGGAUCAGGUAUACCGGCACCUUCAGCGACUCUUUUCGCAUCUCUGCCUGCCGGACCUGGUAAUGCACGAUCGAUGCAUGAAACAGCUCAAGAUUUGAAAGCUGGAGCUACGGAAGAUCAAGUCGGUUAUGGUAUCACGACUUUCAGAGUCGGUACGAAAGAUAGACACUUCACUCCUGAAGCCAGACAUAAAGGACAGGCGUAUCGCAUGGGAUACAGAACCCAUCAUGUCACCGUUUGUUGGUACUUCCGACCUGAACAGACUGUCCAUACACCCGACAAGAUGUUCUUCGAACGGGAAGUUUUCAAGACGGGACAUUUUUGUGAUCAUCCUGUGGAAGAUAUACUCGAGAAGAUCUCGGUACAGUUUUACGUCAAGUACAUCCGUGGUCGACCUCGAGCAGGAGAGUACUAUCCGGGAUGGCCAAGCUAUGUCUGUCAUUCCAGAUUCAACGAUAGGGAACAUUACAUUGUUAGGAUCAAGAAUUGGAACAGUUGUAUACCUGAUGAACUUCGUCAAUCCGAAUUCAUGUCUGUGAUCUCGUAUGAGCGAAACAUCGAAAUACCAAUGGUCAAAUCACCCUUCCUACGGGGUGUACAAGGACCUGGAUUCUUCGGCGAACCCAAAAAGAUCUUAGCAGGUGACGAUGAUGGUGAUGAUGACGAUGAGAAGGACAGGGAGAGGGAGAAGCCGCGAAGGAGAGAAAGGAAUAAGAGGGAAGUUCAACCUCCUCCUGCUAUCAACAUACCGCCUCAACAUUCCCCUGUCCCCACUUUCACGCCUACUCCAGCUCCUCUUCAAGCUCCAACACCCAUACCUGGCCCAUCCAGACCCCCAGCCGCCCCGACACCCACUCCUACGACUCAUACCCAGCCUAUACAUCGACCAUCCAUGCCACCAUCGCAAUCCUCUACUGGUCCGCCAUACCUCUACCCUAAUCGAACAGUCGCAGCUGUAAUGGGUGGAUCACAAGCCAUGGAUCAGGCAGCCGUGAAAGAAAUUCUUCCUCCUGACACUGCUCGACUAUUCGAGAGAGAUGCUCGCGGGCAUGUGCUCUGGUUCUCUGGCCCUCCUUUGGCACCUGGUACAAUCCCGAUUCCAACUCAGCAACCCCACUCGUUAGAGUAUCUCGAGUACGUGACGAAACGGAAGAAAGGCGAGGAUUUCAUCCCGAAGAAACGAGCGAGGCAGAUGAAAGAGAUGGACGAUGAGACUAGAGAGAGUGUCGAGGACAAUAAGCUAUGGUGGGCAGAGGGUCACACUCAGGAGGAAGUGGAGAAUAUACUCAGAUCUGUCAUAGAGUCAGCAUAG